UUUAGUCCUCAGGUUUGAUAUGUCUCUGUUUUCUGGGUGAAUUGUGUUGAGUUCGAUUAUCUCAUCACACAAUGAUCUCAUCCAUCAACCACAACAAGAGGCAGGAUCUCAAUCAAAAUUCAACAGUCAAUCGAAGUUGUUUUGCGCCUCAAGAUUCAAGCCUUACCCUUCCGUAUGGAAGGCAGGUGACUUAUCCACCUGACCACCACCCCGGUGGUAUGUGGCGCGUGAUUGGAGUAGUUCAAUUCACUCCUCUGAUGCCCCUCUCUGUCUCUCUCUCAUAGAUAAAAUAUAUAUGGAUUUCAAGAACAAUCUGAGAAGGAUAGCAACAUUUGAGCCACCACCAAUAACAAAAUCAGUUUCUUGAAGACAACCCAUCUCACCAAAUCCCAACUAAACAAACCUAACAAAUCCAAUUCAUGCACCUCGCCGGAAAACACCACUCUUCUCCUCCCAACCACUCUCAAUGAAGAACUCCGGUGGCGGCGCUACUGGCCGCAAAACCACCAACCUCUCUGUAUUCGUCGUGGUCUUCUCUAUAUUUCUAUUCGGAUGCUUCAUGUACAACGAAGACAUGAAAUCCCUCGCCGAAUUCCCAUUCUCAAGGUCCAAAUCUCAAGAAAUUCAAGAAGAAGAACAACAACAAUCUGAUCAGAACAACCCAGUUCAAGAAAUCAUCAAGAACGAUCAAGUGAACUCUGUUUCUAUGAAUUCAAGAACCCAAGAAAGCGAAUUUCGAGUCGAGGAAGACGAUGAUGAAGAAGUUGAGUUGCCACCAGAGGAUUGUGAUCUCUUCAAAGGAGAUUGGGUUUUAGAUAAUGUGACUCAUCCAAUAUACAGAGAAGAUGAAUGUGAGUUCCUCACAGCUCAAGUCACUUGCUUGAGAAAUGGAAGAAAAGACUCACUCUAUCAGAAUUGGAAGUGGCAACCCAGAGAUUGUUCUCUGCCCAAGUUUAAAGCAAGAUUGUUGCUGGAGAAAUUGAGAGGAAAGAGACUAAUGUUUGUUGGAGACUCGUUGAAUCGGAACCAGUGGGAAUCCAUGGUAUGUUUGGUUCAAUCUGCUGUUCCACGAGGGAGGAAAAGCUUGUCCAAGAAUGGCUCUCUCUCCGUUUUUAGAAUCCAGGAUUAUAAUGCUACAGUUGAGUUUUACUGGGCCCCAUUUAUAGUGGAAUCAAACUCAGAUGAUCCAGAUAUGCACAGCAUAUUGAAUAGGAUCAUUAUGCCUGAAUCAAUCAAUAAACAUGGUGAAAAUUGGAAGGGUGUGGAUUUUCUCAUAUUUAACACAUACAUAUGGUGGAUGAACACAGGUGCCAUGAAAAUUCUACGAGGAUCGUUCGAUGAAGGGGCCACCGAGUAUGAUGAGAUCCUACGGCCUGCAGCCUAUGCAAGAGUGUUGAACACAUGGUCUAACUGGGUUGAUGAAAAUGUGGAUCCCAAUCGUACCACAGUCUUCUUCAGCAGCAUGUCUCCUCUUCAUAUCAAGAGCUUGGACUGGGGCAACCCAGAUGGGAUCAAAUGUGCUUUAGAGACUAUGCCAAUUCAAAACAUGUCGAAGAAGCCGAAUGUGGGCACCGACCGCCGGCUCUUUGUGAUUGCAGUGAACGUGACGCGGUCGAUGAAAGUACCGGUACAUUUCCUCAACAUAACAAGGCUCUCGGAGUACCGAAAAGAUGCACAUACCUCAAUUUACACCAUUCGUCAAGGAAAGAUACUCACCGAUGAGCAAAAGGCCGACCCAGCCAUAUAUGCAGAUUGCAUCCAUUGGUGUCUCCCAGGCUUACCCGACACAUGGAAUGAGUUCAUCUACACACGUAUCAUUUCUCACUCUUGACACGUGUCACUUGGCUCUUUUUCUUUUUUUUUUGUUCUCCAUUUAUCCCACAAAUUGUAUUUUAACUUUUGUGGUUUGGUGUCUAUUUCUGUACCAUUCUAGUUUUUUUAGUCUGUUUAUAGGGCUGGUCUGUUCAUUUUUUGGUUCUUCAUUGUGAGCCCAUUUGGAUGUAGUGGCAAUUGAGUAAGGGAAGGUAAUCAAUCAAUUGGGCUCAGA